AUGACGCUUCAUGUGCGAAGCAUUACAACUGAUCAGUUAAGAUCUGUUGUUGGAAACACUGCCCAUCAACUUGAAAUUUUGCAGGUUCUGAUACUUGCAGCUCUCAGCAUAGUUGCCUAUGCUAGUCAUCAUGUGGAGCACCAUCAUCACCAUCCACAGCCCUACAAAUUUGGAUACCAAAUAAAAGACCACCAUGGAUCUCAACACAGACAUGAGCAUGGCGAUGGACAUGGGCAUGUUCAGGGAAGCUAUGGUUUCACUGACCACAGAGGUAUUCAUAGAGAAGUCCACUACGUAGCUGACAAGCAGGGAUUCAGGGCCACUGUGAAGACCAACGAGCCAGGAACUGCCAAUCAGGAUCCUGCUCACGUUAAGCUUCAUUCUGAUGCUCAUCAUGUUCAUCAUCAUCAUGAGCCUCAUCAUCAUAAGGAGCACCACCAUCACGGUAAUCAACAUCAUGGGCAUGAUCAAGUGUAUCAUCACCAACAUCAUGAUGGUAAUCACCAUCAUGGACAUGCUCAAGUGUAUCAUCAGCACCAUGGACAUCACCAUGGUUAA